AUGGCAUCGACAUAUCGUAAAAUAAAAAAAGUUCAGAUCCGAAACGAAAUCGGUCCCAAUCGAAAGGCCCAAUUCGCCAGGCUCCUCCUCGCCCAUCUCUAAUGGAAAAAUGGUAAAAACAAUCAAAGUAAUUGGAUGUGCUGGACUUGGCGCUAUACUUAUCCUCCUGCUGCCACUAUGCCUGCUUCGUACAGAGAGACCAUCGAACGGUAAUGGCUCCCACCCACUGGCCACCAGUCCCGCUACUCCUCCUUCUCCGCUUGAAACGACAACGGAGUCAAUGAGACGACUGCACCGCCAGAAGCGCUACCUGCUCUUCCCGGAGGGCUCCUCCUUCCAGCUGGUGUUCGACAUCAUCAUCCCCAUCAUAGACUACACCAACUACGCCAUCCUGGGCAUCACCUGCUCCGUGGCCUGGGAGCUGCCCAGUAAGCCGCCCAGCGAGCUGAUUGAAAACGUGCUCACUCGGAUCAACGACGGCACCAUCGGCACUGUCCGCCGGAAUGGCAGCGCCCCCGAUCCAGAACCAGACACUCCGCAGCCUCCGUCGCAGCCUCCGUUGCAGCCUCAGUCCCAGUUCCAGACUCAACCUCCCCAGCAGCUGGGCUACGGGAGCCCUGUUAAUUGGCAGGCAGUCCACGCACCGCCAGCGAAUCCAUCGGCAUAUGCGGCCAAUGACCAUGGUCGCUAUUCGUACUACACGAAUGUCCAGCGACAUACCCCCGACGCAUUCCCAUAUGCAAAUGCGAAUGCGAAUGCGGAUGCAAAUGCGAGUGGACAGCAGCGACAGGCGCCGAUGCCUGCUAAUUGGGAUGCGCGGCAGUCGGUGGGAAAGUGGCAGCAAAAGGAGAUGGUAACAGGAGCAGGAACGGGAUUGGGUGUGGACAACUGGUGGACGCGAAACGGACACAGGGUGCAACAGAACUGGCGUGAAAAGCAGCGCAUGUGGGGCCCUUCAAAGUGGAAUUCCGGUUAUACCCAGCGUCCUCGGCAAAUACUACAGUCCAAGCCCAAGCAUCAUAUCUAUCCUGUUUUUGCCAGGCGCAGGAGACGAAGAAGUCUUGAACAGCAAAAGGAUUUACACUUCGAACAUUUCCACCUGCAGCAGCACCUCAGCUCCCGCCAGUUACUCCUCAGCAAGAUCGAGCGCCUGUACAAAUCGCGACGACUGAAUGGCACCUCCUGCGUGCAGCGAGCUCUCUGCGAAUCCGCCCAAAGGCAGCAAAGGAUUGAGAAUAAGCCUCAGAGCUUUAUAAUGGAACUCCUUUCGGCCAUCUUUCAGCUGCCCAGCAGCAAGGACAUCAGCGAGCCGGCGGACCUGGAGCUUAUGAUGUCACCACACUAUCUGGAGGCCCAUGGGCAGAAGGGAAACUGCCGCCAGCUGUACAGUGACUGCAGUCACACAUUUUGGUCUGAAUAAAAACUUAAAAUAAGAUAAUUAA